AUGGGCGCCGCAUGCUCCACCGAAUGGGGCGAGGACAAGGCGCUCCCGGAGGAGCCUGGCAUGCCGGGCUACCGGGGUUCCAAGGCUUUGGCGGCGCGGAAGGCCAAGGCCCACUUGACCGUGAGGCACUGGCACGACAAGAUGAUGAUGUCUGCUGCAUCCCAGGCGGUCUUCGAGGGGGCGCAGCGCGGGGAUGCCAAGAAGGUCACUGAGGCGCUGAACGCCCACGGCGAUCCCAACUGCAUCAACUUCGGUGGGUUCAAUGCCCUGAUGCUCGCAGUGGGCGGCGGCUACAUGGAGGUCAUCGCGCUGCUGCUUCAGGCCAGUGCCAACCCGAACAACGGGAAGAGCGGCCUGACACCUUUGAUGAUCGCUGCGUCUUCCGGGCAAUUGGAGGUGGCCCGGAUGCUGGUGAACUGUGGGGCGGCCGCCACGGGCCAUUGCGAGCUGGACGGCAGGACCGCGCUCCACGGCGCGGCUCGGCGCGGCCACUCGGACGUCGCCAAGCUGCUGGUGCAGGCAGGAGCCUCCGUGGACAUCGGAGAUUGGCAGGAGUGUACAGCCCUUAUGCUGGCCGCAGAGGAGGGUCAUGGCGAUGUGCUCAAAGUGUUGCUUUGUGCCGGAGCGUCUGUCUCCUUGUCGAACAAGAGCGGUGACUCGGCGCUGAGCGCUUGCGUCAAGAGUGGCCACGAGGCGUGCCUGGAGACCAUGUUGCGAGCGGGUGCUCCCGUCAAUGCGGCCAACAAAUCCACAGGCAACUCGGCGCUGGCAGAAGCUUCAAGAGUUGGAAGUGAGGCGAUGGUCCGGAAGCUCUUGCAGUACCAAGCAAACGUGAACUUCGCCAAUCUUCGGAAGGAGACGCCGCUGAUGUUGGCUGCAGCGGCCGGUCACGAACAGGUGGUCCGUAUGCUCCUCGUCUCCGGUGCCAACACUGCUGCAGAGGAUGUGAAUGGCCACACGCCGAUCAUGCAUGCGGCUGUGAGCAACGUCGCGGUGGUUCAGGCACUACUCGAUUUCGGUGGCAAUCCCUCCGUGGUGAGUCAGGUGGACUGCAACACGCCCUCCACAGUCGCUGCGAUGCACGGGCGGAAGCAGGUGGCAUUGAACCAGCUGCAGCCUCAUACUGAUUGCCUGCCCUGCCGCCAGUGCUACGAUCUCCUGGUCUGGGCCGGGGCAUUCGUACCAGCGCUGGAGGAGUCCCGGGAUGACUCAGUCUGUCAGUCGCUGGCGCUGCCUUCCGAGCCGUGCAGUACCAGCGCGGGCGGCUCCGUUUCCAGCGAUGCGGGAACCGCGCGGUCGAAGGUCGUCUCCGAGCUGGCGAAGCUGGAUCCUAUUGUCCGUGACUUCGUUCGGGAUGAGUUCAGGCUCAAGAAGAAGCUCCGUGAGAUCGAGGCUCUCGAGGCCGCCGCGGCGUCGGGGAAGAGCCUCGAAGCCGCCCAGGUGGCCAAGGUGUCCAAGAAAGGACAAGUCCUCUCCGACCUUCGUCUGGUGGACCAGCACAUCUCGGAGGCGCUGGCGGACUUCCAAAAGCGCCACGGGCCGGUGCCUUUGGCACCCAAGAGCUCCGAGCAGCAAGCGGAGCAGCAAGCGGCGCCAGGUCAAUCUGAGAGAGCUGACAAAACCAACAGUUGUCGUGGCCACCCCAAUCGCAGCUUUCCAAGCUUGGUGUUGCUGUGGCGCGCAGAAUCCCAGCUUACUCAGCGAGCUGUGGCUAGGACGCGCGGGUCACCGGCAAAGCACACGGUGGCCGAGGCCCUUUCUAGGUCGGCUUGCAAGGUGUCGCCACUAGCAGUGGUCGAGCUGGCUACACCGUCGCCGACUCAGCUCGCGAGGACGAGUUCUGGUGAGCAGAUGGCCCAUGGGCACCGCAGAGUUAUGCGGCUAACUUGCCAGAGGACCUUCAUCCAUGCUGAAAGCCCCGAGGAUGAGGACGUGUCCACGUGCCAGAGACGAACACAGAGCGCACCACCCGAAGAUCGAAGCACCGAGCGAAGCACCUACGUGAGCGCCCUGGCCAGCCGCGCAGACCAGCUCCAUUUCUGGCUCCGGAAGCGGAAGCAGGGAGACAAGAAGGAGGAAGAGAAGGAGGAUUUGAAGGAGUCGGCAGAGUCCGAGUCUGAGGCCCAAAACAGCGGCGAUGCCUCUACCCGCGCCGACUCCGCCAGCCACGGGAGCCAGAGCUGGAGCCUCCGGUCGCCCUCCGCCUCGGAGUCGCAAUCCGAGCCCGAGACCUUCCUCGCCGAGUUCUCCUUGGGAUCCCUUGGCCAUCCGGAGGUGUGCCACAGGCCCUGCGUGAACUUCGCGAAGGGCUUCUGCGCGGCCGGCUCCUCUUGCGACUACUGCCACCUCUCUCACGUGGAGACGCCUCUGGUGACCGCGAACAAGGAACUUCGAGUCAUCCUGCAGCAGGCGACGGAGUUCGACCUGCUCUCGGUUGCGGUGAAGCACGCCUGGACCCGUGCAGCUGACAAGGGCUUCCUAGAGAAGGCCAAGGAGGCCAAGGUCUUGACAUUGCUGGAGGAGAGACUCCAGCGACUUUUAGAGAAGACCGAGACCAGCCUCAGCCCGAAGCAUCAGGGGAAGCUCGAUCGCUUCAUGGCCAAGAUGCCCUUCUCAGGACUCAUGGGCCUUGCACUACGUAAGUCCCAGGAUGGCAGCCACACUGCCAUGGUGAAAGCAGCAGUGGACAGCUUGCGAAGCAACCUGUCCCAGUAG